UGUUGAGACGAAAUAUUCCCAUCAGAAGAAGAACAAGAAAUUUAUGUAUUACAAUGUUUUUACCAGCUCUACAGGGGGCAGUAGAGCAGCUUCCUGCUCUGAUCAACACAUGGUACACUUCCCUCAUCCAAAGAUGAAGAAACUACAUGCCCUUUGUGCUCAGUUUCAGACACAUUACACCCAAGUAUGUCCUUAUUGGCUGUGUCUUCCCAAGGUGGGGAGACUUAAGGUUUAAGGCUUAAGGUGUCCAGUUCAGGCAACACGUGUAAAUAAGUAGUCCCCUGGGGGGCCACCAGGUGGCAGUAAAUGGUUCCUCAGAAAAUUGGAGAUAAAAAAAUGCAAGUUUGCCACUAAACUCGAACACAUCCUGUGAAUGUAUGACAGACGCAACUUUGGCAUGAUGACAUCAUAAUCUGGUUAAUUAAUUGUACGUAUGCUAAUAAACAUAAAGAUAGCUCCGUGCAAACUCUCUGGAGCUUUUUUUUUUAUUUAUAAUUCAACUUACCCAUGCGAAUGUGGCCAACAGCUGUGUGUGAUUGCUGUGCCCCUCCUCCCCUGGCACGUUCCCUGACCUUCACACAGAGCAGUGUAUAUAUAACAGGGGUGCAUGAAGAGCCGGCCUCUGCCAGUCAAAAUGAAGCCACUGGUGUCUGCGUGCUGCCUGCUGUCUCUGCUAGUCCUGUCUGCUGCAGACCUUCUUGCACAGUCUUCAAUCCAUAAUGAGGAGACUCUGGUACACGUGCAGGUGCAGCAGCAGCAGCAAGAGGGCGACCUCUACUCCUGUGGGUGUGAACCAACAGAAGAACCUUCUAGUCAGAGCUCCUCCAAUGACACCCCAGCACCAGAGAGAGCCAUGUGUCAGCCCUGCACUCCUCCAUCGGCUCCAGGCUCUGAUCCAGAAGGAGACCAGGAAGAAGACGAUUCAGUUUCUCCUUCAGAACACGACGAGAAGGACAAGGAGGGAGAAGCUUCUCAUGACGAUCUGGCCCAUGUUGGAAAAAUGGAAGGACAAGAGGAGGAGGUUUCAGAAAGGGUAGAAGAAGAGGUGACUGAGGAAGAAGAUGAUGUGGUAACGACUGUUGAGGCUUCAGAGGAUGUCAGUGCAGAGGAGGGAAUAGGAAAUGAGGAGGAAGAAGAGGCUGAUGCUGAAGACACUUUAUCUCAAGAUGACGUGACUGAGCUGGAGGAAGCUGCUGAUGACGAAGAGAAGGAGGCUGUAAUGGAAGAGACAGAGGGAACAGCUGAGGAAGAGGAAGGUGAAGAGAAUGAGGAUGAAGAAGAUAAUGAGGGUGAAGAUGAGGAAGAUGAUGAGAAUGAGGAAGAGAUUGAGGGUGAGGAUGAGGAAGAUGAUGAGGAAGAGGAAGAAAAUCAGGAUGGCGAAGAGGAGGAUGUACUCACCAACAUUUUACACAGUGAAGACGUUGUUGUCGGAUCUUCAUCUGAGGAAGACCUAACAGUGACAGAAUCUGAACCUGAAGCAGGUCCAGAAGAAGACGCCACAGACGACAUCGAACCUGAGGAAUCAGAGCCAGAAGUCACGGCAGAAUAUGAGGCCGAACCAGAGGUGACUCCAGAACCUGAGGUUCUAGGUGUAAAAACAGAAGCAGAAUCAGAGCCAGAAAUAGAACCAGAGUUUGAAGCAACUUCAGAGCCAGACACAGAACCAGACACAGAUACAGAACCAGAACCAGAGGUCAUUUCAGAGCCAGAAACAGAACCAGAGGUGGACACCACUGCAGAACUAGAACCAGAACCAGAGGUUGAUACUACUGCAGAACUAGAACCAGAACUAGAGGUGGAGACCACUUCAGGACUGGAAACAAAAUCAGAGCCUGAUGUAAUUCCAGAAACAGAACCAGAGGUUGAUGCAACUUCAGAAUCAGAACAUGAGCUAGAACCUGUUGUUGAGGAGGUCUCAGCAGAAUCUAUGGGGGAAGCACAUGUUGUGGAAGAGGGAUCUGAGUUGGUUAAAGAGGAGGUGGAGGUGGAAGAAGAGGAGGUGGUGGUUGAAGAAGAGGAGGUGGAGGUGGAGGAUGAGGAGGUGGAGGUGGAAGAUGAGGAGGCAACUGAGGUGAAAGCUGCUUCUGAGGAGCCAUUACACUUGGACUCUAGAGGUCAAGAGGUCGAUGAAGCCGCAGGCCCGAUGCUGAGAGACCGCUCCCACAUUGAGGACACACUUCAGUUGGCUACUGUUGAAACCUCAGCGGAGUUCUCAGCUGCUAUGAAACAACUCCUGGACAUCUACCACACAGCCAUCAAGCCAAUGGAGGAGGCCUACAAGUACAAUGAGCUGAAGCAGUAUGAGGUCACAGAUGGUGAGAUCACCUCCAAACCAAUGGUUUUGUUUUUGGGACCCUGGAGUGUUGGCAAGUCGACCAUGAUCAACUACCUGUUGAAUGUUCACGGCACCUCCCAGGAACUCUACACAGGGGCUGAGCCCACCACCUCGGAGUACACCGUCAUCAUGCAUGGGGAAAAGUUCCGCAGCGUAGAGGGCAUCGUUAUGGCAGCGGACAGCUCUCGGUCCUUUUCUCCUCUGGAGAGGUUUGGCCAAGGGUUCCUGGAGCGGCUGGUGGGCAUCGAGAUGCCACACAAGCUGCUGGAGAGGGUCACCUUCGUGGACACGCCGGGCAUCAUCGAGAACCGGAAGCAACAGGAGCGAGGUUACCCCUACAACGAGGUGUGUCAGUGGUUCAUCGAUCGAGCCGACCUCAUCUUCCUGGUCUUUGACCCGACCAAGCUCGACGUCGGCGGGGAACUGGAGAUGCUCUUCAGGCAGAUGAAGGGCCGCGAGUCUCAGAUCCGCCUCAUCCUCAACAAGGCCGACAAUCUCUCCAAGCAGGACCUGAUGAGAGUGUACGGGGCGCUGUUCUGGAGCAUGGCCCCGUUGGUCAACGUCACAGAGCCCCCCAGGGUUUAUGUCAGCUCCUUCUGGCCACAAGAUUACGCUGCGGGCACCAGCCGAGAACUUUUCAUGAGGGAGGAGGUCUCUCUGCUGGAUGACCUGAACCAGAUGAUUGAGAACCAAAUGGAGAACAAAAUAGCUUUUAUCCGCCAGCACGGCAUCCGUGUGCGUAUCCACGCUCUGUUGGUGGACCGCUACCUUCAGACCUACAACGACAGGCUGGGCUGGUUCAGCGACCCCUACGAGGUUUUCCAAGACAUUGUCAACGACCCGGACAAGUACUAUAUCUUCAAGUCUAUCCUGGCCAAGACCAACGUCAGCAAGUUUGACCUGCCCAACAAGGAGGCCUAUCAAGACUUCUUUGGUGUGAACCCGGUUUCGGGCUUCAAGCAGCUGUCCUACCACUGCAGCUGGUCCAGGGGCUGCCUGCUGGACAAGCUGGAGAACGCCAUCUCACAUGAGCUCCCAGCUUUGCUCAGCAGCGUUGGCAAGACCACAGGCACACCUGCCCCUCCCAAGACUAUGCCAACAACCCCCCCACCUCUCCCUGGUACCUGUGAAGGUAAUGGGUGUGAAGAGAAAUCCAAGAAUUACUGGAGCAGACACUGAGACGGGAGAAAGCGUGCAGGAUAAGGCAGGCGACAGAAACAGGAAGAAGGGUGCGGGGAUUAUUUACAGACUGGAUAUAGAAGAACUGAACCGAACAAGAGAAAAAGAGAAUCUAUCAGUGUUAUGGAAACAGUGAAAUAGACAAUACUUCAUUGUUGUUGUUUUUAUGUAGUGAUUGUUUUCAUUUCUGCUUUAGUUUGGCUUUCUUUUAAUUGAAGUGUCCUUAAAUCUGUUGGUAACACAAAUACAAUUCACACUGUUUGUUUACACGGUUUAAAGAUGUAUUAUUUUGUUUGUCCUUUAUUCCUCCAGCAUAGACCACACCAUGCCAUGGCAUAUGAUUAUAGAAAAAGGUCACAUUAACAUUUUAAAAAUGUAUUUUUACUAAUAAGAAAAAACAAAUAGAGAAAAAAGAGAGAACAUUUAAAAAAAAGAAAAGAAAAAUAAUUCCUCGUUUUUUGCAUGCAGUAACUAAAGAUUUCCACAAGGUGGCAUCUCCAUUCAAUUUGUCAAGCAGCACACUCGUUAAUGAUGAUUCUUCAUUUAUUUACGAGUGAUGUUUUUAAUUUUAAAUAAUUACAAUGAUUAAACAAUUAGAAUAUAUAUAUAAAUACAUAUUUAUAACCACUUGUUUUGCCCCAUAAAGAGGCAUUUCCUUGUAUGUGUACAUACAUUUAUGUAUUAUUAUUGGUCUUGG